GUACAAGUUUAGUAUUAAUCCAGGAAGUUCUGGUCCGUGUGCCGUCACAAAUCCUCCAACCACGACUACGACGGGGGACCAGAACCGCCGAGCGGGCCAUUCCGUACGCGGCCGCCACCGAGCCAACACACGAACGACGGGGGAAAACGGGGGCCACCCUCAACAACAACAACAACAACUCACCCGCACUAGCGCAGAUUCCCGUUUUUUUUUCCUCCUCCGUCAAUCUUGGUAGGCCGAGUUUCCUUUCGCGGAGCGCCAGCCUACUGUGAGUGAAAGUUUUUGCGUGGAAAGCUGCACACGGUGCGUUUGUGGUCCGGAACCGACCUGGAGGAGUCCGGAACUCGGCAUCCCCCGACGAAAAUUGAUUUUUCUUCCCGGAUUUUCCCGACAACAUCGAGCAGGACGUCGUCGUCGUCGCGUAUCGUGAGAGGGGAUUGUGAAUUUGUGUGAGUGUGUGAGGAAGGUGAAGGAUUGUCCCGAUUUUUUGAGGAAAAUUUUCCUGGAUCCGAGGGAAAAGUUCACUGAAAAAUUGAUGACGGCAAGCUGAACCGCCAGGAAUUGAGCAGUUGCUGCGUUGGGAAAGGCGUCAUUUUCCGGAAGAAAAAGCUUUUCCAAAGGGGGGGGUGCGUGUCAAGAAGAAAAAUACAUAGUUUUUGUGUGAAAAAUCCUCGUCCAGAGUGUAAAAGUGUGCGUGUGUGCGUGCGUGGUAGUAGGCCAAGCGACGACGGAGGCCAAAUCGAAGACCCGAAGCAGGCCAGUCUGCUGCUGGGCUGGGCAGAAUCUACGGCGACGACGGGGGCAGCAAACCGAAGCUGGCAUCGAAGGAGGCCCUGACACUAGCAGGAGCAGAAGCAGCAGCAGCCGCGGCGGCCCAAUCGAUUGCCCUAGGAUUGUUCCCCGGCGAGGGGCGAGGGCGAGGGCGGGGGCGAUCCCGACUCGGACGCCAAAACGGAGCACCUUUGCCCCAGCGGCAGCGGUUGUCCUCCGCAGCCAUCGUCCUGUCUGGGCCGGAACACCCAGCAGCAGCACCGGAACCAUCCGCCGGACGGCGGUCCCGCGCCGGGUUGCCACCAGGAGUGCUGUUACGCGUUGCUCCGCGGCGUGAACCAAAACAUCUACCCCCAGAUCUCCGAGGGACUGCAGGCGUGCUUCCGCGGAGGUCGCGGACCAGCCGACGCCGGAGAACCGCCGGAACAGCGCGAGUACCGCAACGGCACGAUUGGCCAGCACCAGCAACAACAACACUACCAACAGUAUCAGGACCGUCAGGAGCAACUCUACCGUGCGGGGGAAUCGGCAACCAUCGAAGGAGGCCAGGCGACGGCAACAGUCAACUAUUCCACAAGGUAUUCUAGCUACUCGCCGUACUGUAGCCCGUACGCUACCCGGAGUCUAGGAGCCGCCACGACGGCCUGCAGUAGCUCGAUGGACGAGAACGAAGUGAUGGCGGCGUACCUGUGGAGCAAGCAGUCCCAGGACCUGUACGCGAGCCAUGGCCUCAAGGAUCUGCACCACCUGCACCAGGACUUUAUCAUCAACGAUUACACGGACAAGAUCGCGACGAACAUCGACCUGCUCGACACGGAGCUCAAGUUUGCGUGGGCCGCGCUGAACCUGCUCAACGAGGAGUACACCCGGAUGUCGGAGAAGGUGUUCAAGCUGCAGUCGCUGAACGUGUCCCAGCAGCGGAUCGUGCAGAACCUGCAGUUCAUGGAGGAGAACCGCAAGGCGUACCUGGACAUGAUCCCGGACUACGCCAAGCACCACGAGUUCUCGCUGCAGGAACAGUCGAGGCUGCGCGAAGAUCUGCAGUACCGGGACUGUAUCAACGAGGCGUACAUGAACCACAUGCAACCAGGGCCGGCUUACGGGUACGGGCAGGUCCCGUCGGCGGAGGAGAUGGCCGCGGCUUAUAAUCAGGAGUACUGGGGCAUGCGGCGGAAUCUGUCCAACAUCCCGGAGGUGCUCCACGGGGAAGCGGAGAAUGGUGGUGGUGGGGCGUACGGGUACGGGCAGGACGUGCCGAUGCCGGCCCCGCAAGCCCAUCGACUGUCGACGAAUCCGUUCUUGCAGGUGGUCGAAGGAGCUGGCGGGAUAUUGAGGGAGAUUGAACCCGCGGACAACGCCGCGUUGAUAGAGGAGCAGUUGCGGGCGUCGUUCUUGAACCAUGCCAAGCAGAUGGAGAUGGAACUGCAGGCUUCGCCUGCUAUGAUGAAGCAUCAGCAAGAGUUGCGGCAGCAGCAGCAACAGCUGCUGCAGCAGAAGCAGUUCAAGCACGACGAUGUGAGGGCACUAAUUACGAGGGUUAUGGACGAUGAGGACGUGGCGUCGUUGAGCAGCGAAGAGAUGGAGAAGGUGAGGGUGUUUAUGUCAAAAAAUAGUGGCGAGUUGAGGGAGAUAUUCGCGGAGGAGUUCUCACCGCUGGCGAAGGACGGGAAAGGGGGUGAGAAGAUCCUGGCGCAGAACAAGCUGGGCGGGGUUAGCCCGAAGAAGGAGUUCAACAAGUUCAUUCACCUGCCGGAUGCUGCUGGGAUCGCCUCGUUGACGAACGACGACCUGCUGACGGUGGAAAACGGGACAAUCAGUAUUCAGGACAAGAGUAGCACAACAAUCGCCGACAACGAAUUCAAGCUCAACCUGAACAGCGGCGGCGUAGUUCAUCCAGCGAACGGGACGAACGGAACGUCACCGAAGAAGCUGAGCGAGUUUUCGCCGUUCGGGAUGCAGAAAGCCAUGGAGAGGAAGGAGAGCGGCAACGUGCCGAGCUUUGCCGACCUGAUGAACAGCAAACCGUGCGGCACGGAUGCGGCGGGGUUGACGUUUACGAACCUGAACGGCGAACCGGAGUCGAUCUUCAGCCAAAGCUUCAAGGAGGCGGUUGAGGCGAAACUUGCGGGGCAGGCGGUCCAGAUGGCGGGUAACAUGAUGAGCAUGGGAGAACCGGUUCCGAUGUUCCCGACGGUCGCGAUGAAGCCAAACAUUAGUGAAGCGCUGGAGGGGGGCGGCGUCCGGCGGCCAAGCGUAACGGAAGCGCUCGAAAUUAGACGGCCCAGCGUUACCGAAUCCCUGUUCCCAACUGUAGCUAGGAAACCAAGUAUUACGACGACGUCGGUAGCGUCGGAACUCCAGCGAAGACUAUCCGUAGAAGAUCCCCAGCAUCCGUCGGCUUUCGCGCCCGUCCGCAAGCUGAGCAUCGUGGAACCGGUUGCGGAUCCGGCUCCGACCGCCCCAAGCAUCUUCCAACCGUUAGCUAGAAAACCCAGCGUUACGGAAACUGCCGCCCCUUCGACGAGCCCUCCAAUGUUUACGCCGCUGCCGGGCUGCACCACCAUCACGGACACGCCGGAGAUGCAAGCCAUCUACGAAUCACUGUCCCGCAAGUCCAGCCUUCCCACCCUCGGUGACGGCACGUUCUUCCCGUCGCUGGACAUUACCGACUCCGGCUUUGCCGAGUGCACCGACGGGAUGUCCCUCUUUCCAACCACCCUGACCCUGUCGACGACGCUGUCUUCCACCACCGAUGCGCCCGUCUCGCUGCCGGACUUUUCCACCCUGUCGACCAUGGCCGCCGAAACGUCCGAGGCGUCCAACUCGUCGUUUCUGCACAUGUCGAUGAACUCGUCCGGCAUCAGCGAAGCAUCGGACAGUAUCACGCUGCUGCCACCGGUAAGUGCCAUCAUCACUGACCAAUCGACGAUCGCCGUACCGAAACCGGCGGAACCGGCGCCGCCGCUGCCACAACCCUUACCACCCAUAUCAGCCGCUCCGGCCACGAUGGCGGCCCUCGCCGACAGCAAACCGAUCGCACAAGCCACUGCUCCUCCUCCGACGGUCACCUCGCCACCGGCUCCUCUGGCCACCGCCGAGGUCGUCAAACCAAAGCCGACUGCGGCACCUGUAGCCGCUGUAACCAAGCCGACUCCGGCUGCGGUACCACCAACCGCUGUAACCAAGCCGACUCCGGUUGCACAAGCUCCCACGAAACCACAACCAGCGCCCGUUCCAAAGCCAGCGCCAGCACCCGCCCCGGAAGCCAAGCAGGCCGGCGGCUUCUUCGGCACGACCACCUCCACCUUCGGUGGCUUCUUCAACAAGGUCAACAAGACCCUCUCCCACCAGGACAGCACCGACAGUCUGCUCGGCACCAAAACCAAAGCGCUCUUCUCCUCCGUCAAGAGUUCCUUCUCGCUGGAGUCGCCCAAGCAGUCGCUCGACGAAGCCAACUCCCAGCCGUCGUCCUCGCAGUCCGCCACCUCAGGGGCCGCCUCGCUCGAGUCGUCGUCCCCGCCCGGUAGCGUACAGGUACCGUCGACGCCAGAAGAACCACACUCCACUACUCCACCCCAAUCUCCAGAUGUAGCUCUGGCUCAGUCCCACCAACAACAACAACAACAACAACUUCAGCCACACCAACAGAGUUCGCCACCUCAGGAACUGCAGCAGUACCCGCCGACGACGUCACCCCCGGGCGGCGAACAACAACAGUCUUCCCCGUACGACCAGCCGCCGCAGCAGCUAGCUUCGGAGUUUCCGGAGCUCUGCAAUGGCAACGGCAGUAGCGGCACCCCACUGUCCAGUAGCGCACAGCCGUUUCCCGGUGCGGAGGAAACGGUACUCGACGGCGAAGCGCCCGCACCGCCAACGCACAGAAAGCAGAGCCUGUUUCGGGCGCAGGGGAGUGAAGAUGGGGAAGGAGGCAGCAAGUGGAAGCUGCUAAAGACGCUGAAGGAGAAGCGAAUCGAGGAGAAACAGAAGGUGGUCGACGAAGGGGAAGCGGACGAUGCAGGUAUUUUCAAGAAGGUCGAUUGCAAGGCGGAGGAAGAAGAGGUAAUGCCCAAACGUAACGGAACCGCGGACAGCGGACGCGGCAACGGGCUCGGGGACAACACCUUCUACAGUAACAUCGACAGCAUGCCGGAUAUCCGUCCACGGCGCAAGUCGAUCCCGCUGGUGUCGGAGCUGGUCUUGAAAACGAUGGCAGCUACGAAACGUCAGGCCGGUCUCACCUCGGCGGUUCCGCGGGCAACCCUGAACGAUGAGGAACUGAAAAUGCACGUCUACAAGAAGGCCCUCCAGGCGCUGAUCUACCCGAUCUCGUCCACGACGCCGCACAACUUUGUCCUGUGGACGGCGACCUCACCGACCUACUGCUACGAGUGCGAGGGCUUGUUGUGGGGUAUCGCCCGGCAGGGCGUCCGCUGUACCGAGUGUGCCGUCAAGUGCCACGAAAAGUGCAAGGACCUGCUGAACGCGGAUUGUUUGCAGAUGUGCUUCGCGGGAGCGUCGGAGAAGAGUUCCAAGCACGGGGCCGCCGAGGACAAGGCCAACUCCGUGAUCGCUGCCAUGAAGGAGCGCAUGAAGCAGCGCGAGCGGGAUCGACCGGAGAUCUUCGAGGUUAUCAGGAAGGUGUUCAACGUGGAGGAGAAGAGCCACGCCGGCCACAUGAAGGCGAUCAAGCAGAGCGUGCUGGACGGUACGAGCAAGUGGUCGGCCAAGAUCGCGAUCACGGUGAUCUGCGCGCAGGGUCUGAUCGCGAAGGAUAAAAGCGGAACGAGUGAUCCGUACGUGACGGUGCAAGUGAGCAAGGUGAAGAAGCGUACCCGGACGAUGCCGCAGGAGCUGAACCCGGUGUGGAACGAGAAGUUUAACUUCGAGUGCCACAACUCGUCCGACCGGAUCAAGGUGCGCGUCUGGGACGAGGACAACGAUCUCAAGUCGAAGUUGCGGCAGAAACUGACGCGCGAGUCGGACGACUUCCUGGGGCAGACAAUCAUCGAGGUGCGGACGCUGUCGGGCGAGAUGGACGUGUGGUACAAUCUGGAGAAGCGAACAGACAAAUCAGCGGUAUCGGGCGCAAUCCGGCUGCACAUUUCGGUGGAGAUCAAGGGCGAGGAGAAGGUGGCGCCGUACCACGUGCAGUACACCUGCCUGCACGAGAACGUGUUCCACUAUCUCUGCGAGGAGAACUGCGGGGCGGUGAACCUGCCGCAGACCAAGGGCGACGACGGCUGGAAAAUCUACUUCGAGGAGAACCCGGAGGAGAUCGUGGACGAGUUCGCGAUGCGGUACGGCAUCGAGAACAUCUACCAAGCGAUGACGCACUUCCAUUGCCUCUCGACCAAGUACCUGUGCGCGGGCGUCCCGGCCGUGAUGAGUACCUUACUAGCGAACAUUAACGCUUACUACGCACACACGACUGCUUCUAGUGCCGUCUCGGCUAGUGACCGCUUCGCCGCCAGCAACUUUGGCAAAGAAAAAUUCGUAAAACUAUUGGACCAGUUACACAACUCUCUCCGUAUCGAUUUGUCUAUGUAUCGCAACAACUUCCCCGCUUCCAGCCAAGAAAAGCUGAUGGACCUCAAGUCCACGGUCGAUCUACUAACCAGUAUUACAUUUUUCCGCAUGAAGGUACAAGAAUUGUCGAGCCCACCUAGAGCCAGCACAGUGGUCAAGGACUGCGUGAAGGCCUGUCUACGCUCAACGUACCAGUUCCUGUUCGAGAACUGCUACGAGUUGUACAAUCGAGAAUUUCAGGUCGACCCGAACGAGGCGAAGCGCGAGGGGGAAGACCACGGACCAAAGCUAGAGAACGUUGACUUUUGGCACAAACUAAUCGCACUAAUCGUAUCGGUAAUAGAGGAGGAUAAGAAUAGUUAUAGCGCAGUGCUUAAUCAAUUCCCGCAGGAGCUUAAUAUAGGACAGGUCUCCGCCGCCACGAUGUGGAGCCUGUUUGCGAUAGAUAUGAAGUACGCGCUGGAGGAGCACGAGCAGCACCGGCUGUGCAAGUCGUCCGCGUACAUGAACCUGCACUUCAAGGUCAAGUGGCUGUAUACGAACUACGUGAAGGAGGUCCCACCGUACAAGGGCGCCGUGCCCGAGUAUCCCGCCUGGUUCGAGCCGUUCGUGAUGCAGUGGCUCAACGAGAACGACGACGUCUCGCUCGAGUACCUGCACGGGGCGUUCAAGCGGGACAAGAAGGACGGGUUCCAAAAGAGCAGCGAGCACGCCCUCUUCUCCAACUCGGUCGUGGACGUGUUCACCCAGCUGACGCAGUGCUUCGACGUAGUUAGCAAACUGGACUGCCCGGAUCCGGAGAUCUGGAAGCGGUACAUGCGACGAUUCGCCAAAACUAUCGUAAAGGUGUUACUAGCUUACGUAGAUAUAGUUAAAACCGAAUUUCCCGAUAUCACACAUGAAGAAAGAACGGCUUGUAUUUUAAUGAACAAUAUCCAACAACUUCGGGUCCAAUUGGAGAAGAUGUUCGACUCGAUGGGGGGCGACAAGCUGGAGGAGGACGCCGCCAACAUCCUGAAGGAGCUGCAGCAGAACCUGAACACCGCGCUGGACGACCUGGCGACGCAGUUCGCCAUCAGCUUGGAUCCCCGCAUCACGGGCAGCGUCCGCGAGCUGGGCGACCUGCUGCAGCAGGUCAAGUCGCAGACGUCGCUGUUCCACUCGGCCCCCGCCGACGACGCCAACAUGAUCGCGAUGGAGGCGGACGAGGUGCUGCGGCCGCUGAUGGACCUGCUCGACGGGUCGCUCUCGAUGUACGCUCAGUCCUGCGAGAAGACGGUGCUGAAGCGGCUCCUGAAGGAGCUCUGGAAGAUCGUCAUCCGGACGCUGGAGAAGACGAUCGUGCUGCCGCCGAUGACGGACCGGACGAUGGUCUUCAAGCACCUGACGGACAACGCCAAGAAUCUGGCUGCCAACGCGAAGAUCGAGGACAUGUCGCGGCUGAUCAAGAAUCACAUGGCCGGCAAGCAGGACGCCAAGAGUAUGCUUGGCGGUGUCAUGGAUAUCUCCAAGGAGAUCGAGAAGAACCUCUCGCCGAAGCAGUGCGCCGUACUGGAGGUCGCCCUGGACACCAUCCAGCAGUACUUCCACGCCGGUGGAAACGGCCUCAAGAAGCCGUUCCUGGAAAAGUCGUCGGAGCUGCAGAGCCUCAAGUACGCCCUGAGCCUGUACACGCAGACGACGGACACGCUGAUCAAGUCGUUCGUGUCAGGACAGGGCGCUUCCGAGGAAGGCGGCAUCAACCACGACGACGCUUCGGUCGGUGAGGUCUCGAUCCAGAUUGACGUUUCGUCCAACCCGGAGAACGGCGAACAGAAGAUAUCCGUCAAAGUAAUCGCCGCCAACGAUCUCAAGUGGACGGUUCCGUCCGGCAUGUUCCGGCCGUUCAUCGAGGUGAACCUGAUCGGGCCCCACCUGAACGACCGGAAGCGCAAGUUUGCCACCAAGUCCAAGUCGAACAACUGGUCGCCCAAGUACAACGAAACGUUCCAUUUCAUCAUUGGCAACGAGGAACAGCUGGAGUUCUUCGAGCUGCACACGUGCGUCAAGGAUUACUGCUUUGCCCGCGAGGAUCGGCUGGUCGGAGUGGCGAUCCUGAAGCUGAAGGACGUUGUCGAUCAGGUAACUGGGACGGGUUACGGGUUGAGACUGAGUGAAUGAUGUGUGAGAGAGAGUGUGGAUACGGAAGAAUACCAUUUUUUGGGAUUGGGAAUUUUUGAGUUAUUUAGGUGGAGAGAUCAGCGAUCCUGUCAAAUGGUUGGAACUUCGGAAGUUCGAGAAAGCUCAACGAGAUUCGUGUAAGUAUCUUUUGACAGUAUUUUUCCCCCAAAAUUUGAGUUUCUUUUCACGCUGCACCAUUUCCGGACGCUAUGGACGAUCAAUCUUAGAGAAAACUUCAAUAAACAAUUUUUACCGAAAA